GCCUACAUAUUUUCAUUUUUUUGCCUAAAAUUUUUAAAGCGCAAAUUAAACUUAAAAUGUAUCCGAUUUGGGCAAUGAAAGAUAUAUCUGCCUAUACUGUUUUAUUAUAUACUUUCAAGGUUUGGUUGGUUAAUGGAGGUAGGUUUUAAAUGAAGUAUAUUUUUAAAAUAUAAGAUAAUAAAAUUGAAUAAAGAAAUGGUUGAUGAACAAAGGAAACGAAUUGAAGAUCUUAUGACAAAAAUCAUUGAAGACAUAGACAUAACAUAUCUUCGAAAUAUGCAGGGGGAUAUGCAUAGAUGUGCAGCAAUAUGCUGCGAUAAUAAAACUUAUACUGUUCAAAAAGUAUACAAGUGUGUAGAAAAUUGUAGUGUUUUAUUAAAUAAAGCACAAAGAUAUGUUCAAAAUGAAUUUGAUAGAAUACAGAAUCGAUUACAAAGAUGUGUUAUGGAAUGCAAUGAUGAAAUUAAAGACAAAAUAGGAUCAAAUUUAGCUCAAAGUGAUAUAGAUAAAUUUAGUAAUGAAUUUGAAAAAUGUGCAACAACGUGCGUAGAUACUUGUUGCAAUGUUUUACCAACAUUUUUAAAUUCAAUAAAAAAUACUUUAGCUUCUGAAACAUUUGAUAAUUGA